AUGGAAUAUGAAUCCAUGGGCCACAUGUCGAAAGUAAAUUCAAUUCAGUCAGCAGAUUUCGUAGACAACUAUUAUCUACCUCAUCAUUCUGUGAUAAAAGCAGAGAGCACGUCAACAGAGGUGCGUGUAGUUUUCAAUGCGUCUUCUCCAACAGCGAAUGGUGUCAGUCUGAACGAUGUUCUUGUGCCAGGACCCGUGCUUCAGUCUGACCUGACAAUAUUCAUUCUUCGCUGGAGACUUUUCAAAUACGUUUUCAAUAGCGAUAUUGAGAAGAAGUAUAGACAAAUUCUGUUAGAUUCCAAUCAGACCAAAUACCAAUGGAUAGUUUUCCGACCUUGCCCGAACGAUCCCAUCAGCCUUUAUGAACUAAAGACUGUGACUUUCGGCGUGAAUUGUGCUCUUUAUAUUGCAAUGAGGACAUUGCUGCAAUUAGCUGAAGAUUCUGAAAGCUCUCAUCCGAUAGCCUCGAAUAUUUUGCACAAACACAUGUAUGUCGAUGAUGUUCUCGCUGGCGGACACACCACCGACUCUGCGAUACGAGCUAGAGACGAAGUCAUCACUGUUUUACAAUCAGCCGGUUUUCCUCUGCGAAAAUGGACUUCGAACUGCAGCCAAAUACUACAAGGCAUUUCAAAAUCACAUCUGUUGAGUGAAGACUUUUUGGAGUUCGAGGACACUAGCAGUGUGAAAGCGCUUGGUAUAAGAUGGAACGCUCACUCUGAUCAGUUCUAUUUUAUAGCCAAGCCUAUCGAAACCCCGAGAGUUUCACAAAGAUAUCGAUACUUUCUGAUAUCACCAAUCUUUUUGAUCCACUUGGAUGGCUAG